CUGGUUUCAGUUCAGACAGCGAUCGGGGGCUAACACACAACCCAAAUCGGGGGUUUCUAUUCAAAGCCAGCUGGUCUGGCUUUAUCACAUGCAGGACAUUUAUUUUAAGCAAUUUGUCUGUAUUUUUUUGUUGUCUUUUUGUCAACUAUCUCUUUUAUUUUCCUUUAAUGUUUUAUUUUUAUUUUUUGUAACUAUUUGAUUGAGCUGGGCCUUAGCUGGUGCCGCAGGGUGUAACUUCCUGGGGAAGCAGAGAAACGGCACGGGUGCCAACCAAAGACAACCUCAAGCAUUGUGAACACUGAAAGGACCUCUCCAAUGAAUCGCUGACAGCAGCAUAGAAAAAGCUACGAGACUGAGGGGCACGCGAGGCGGCAGACGAAGGAACAUUGAACGUGGUACGGAUGCUGGAAUCUUUGAGUUGAUUGGAACAAAUAGAAAGCAGAAGAAAAAAGAGACAGAUAAAGAAAGAGCGGAAGAGUGAAGAGAAAGAAGAAGAAGAAGAAGAAAGAGGAGAGCGAAGAAAGCAUAAAGUUCUUUAGAAAGAGGAGAGAAAGAAAGAGACGGGGACGAUGGGGAGGAAAAAGAUUCAGAUCACGCGGAUUAUGGAUGAACGCAACAGACAGGUGACAUUUACAAAGCGAAAGUUUGGCCUGAUGAAGAAGGCGUACGAGCUGAGUGUGCUGUGUGACUGUGAGAUUGCCCUGAUCAUUUUCAACAGCACCAACAAGCUGUUCCAGUAUGCCAGCACAGACAUGGACAAGGUCCUGCUUAAAUACACCGAGUACAACGAGCCCCACGAGAGCAGGACCAACUCUGAUAUUGUGGAGACAUUGAGAAAGAAGGGCCUAAACGGCUGUGACAGCCCAGACCCCGACGCAGACGACUCGGUCGGCCACAGCCCCGAGUCCGAGGACAAGUACAGGAAAAUAAACGAGGACAUUGAUCUGAUGAUCAGCAGACAGAGACUGUGUCAGGCCGUGCCCCCAUCGAACUAUGACAUGCCUGUGUCCAUUCCCGUUAGCAACCAGAACAAUCUCAUUUACAGCCAUCCCGGUGGUUCCCUAGGCAACCACAACCUGUUGCCACUGGCGCAUCAUGGCCUACAGAGAAACAGCAUGUCUCCUGGAGUUACUCACAGACCCCCCAGUGCAGGUGGCCUCAUGGGUGCUGACCUCACCACUGGCGCAGGCACCAGUGCUGGAAAUGGAUAUGGGAACCAUCGCAACUCGCCAGGUCUGCUGGUCUCUCCUGGAGGCAUGAACAAGAACAUGCAGGCAAAGUCUCCUCCACCCAUGAACUUAGGCAUGAACAACCGCAAACCUGACCUACGUGUGCUCAUCCCCCCUGGUGCCAAGAACAACAUGCCCUCCAUCAACCAGAGAAUAAACAACUCUCAGUCUGCUCAGUCAUUGGCCACCCCUGUGGUAUCAGUAGCAACUCCCACUCUACCAGGACAAGGCAUGGGCGGUUACCCAUCUGCCAUCUCUACUUCUUAUGGUACCGAGUAUUCCCUGAAUAGCGCAGACCUGUCCUCCCUGUCUGGCUUCAACAGCGGCAGCUCCCUUCACCUCGGCUCAAUGAGCGGGUGGCAACAGCAACACAUUCAGAACAUGCAGCAUUCAGCCCUCGGCCAGCUAGGAAAUUGCUCUAGCUCUCACUUAUGUCAGGGUUCAAAUCUCUCCCUGCCCUCUGCUCAAAGCCUGCACAUCAAGUCCGAACCUGUUUCUCCUCCUAGAGAUCGCACCAGCAGCACACCGGGGGGCUACGGUGGCGGGGUACCAACUCCCCAGAACCCCUCGUCCCGCCAGGACUCGGGACGCUCCCCCGUUGAUAGCCUGAGCAGUUGUAGCAGUUCCCACGAGGGCAGCGACCGUGAUGAGCACAGGAAUGAGUUCCACUCACCUCUGGGACUGGCCCGGCCCGCCCUGGAUGAGCGCGAGAGCCCCUCCAUCAAACGGGUGCGCCUGUCAGAAGGAUGGGCGACAUGAUAGCUCUGUCCUCUCCCCGGCAGUGCCCCGAGUUGCCCUGAGCCCCCGACAACGCAGCGUUACGAUGCCCCCCCCAAGUCAACUCCCUCCUUUUUCCUCCUCUCACUCGAUAUCACGAGUCACUCACCACCCAACCCCAUGGCCUCUCUCCUUUUAUCUCUUUAACGCUGAAGGAAAGAAAAGGGACAGCCCUUUUCCAAAAAUAUGUUUGUAAUUUCUUUUUCCUUUUUUAUUUUAUUUUCUUUUUGCUGAGUGUGCGUGUGCUAUACAUAUUGACAUUAUAUAAACCAGUGGGGUGUUGUUAUGGGGGUUUGGGAGGGUGGGUGUUGGUUGGGACGGGAUCUGGGGGUAUUUUUGUUGGGGAACUAUGCAUAAAUUGUAUUGUGUGUGGAUAAAAAGAAUCACGUAUGCAUAUAUCUCUACACGUGUGUGUAUGUGUACAUAUAUGCAUAUCAACAAAUAAACAAAAAAAAAAUAGUCAGGUACUCUGUUUCAUAAAACGUACUUACACUUUGCCUCAGCGAUAUAUCAGUGACUAGAGACAAAAAAAAAAGAAAGAAAAAACAAAAAAAAAACAUUAACAUGAGAGUGAGUGUGUCCAGUGGAAAACACCUUAGCACUUGAGUUGGACAGACAAUACAUGUGUACAGUGUCAGUUUCAUUGCUAUAUACCUUCUCUGCAGUUCUCCCUUGCAAAAAUGUGUGUUAACAUUAGAUGAUGUCAUGUUGCAGGUUCAACGUAUUUAUGUAAAUAGAGGGUCAAGGGGGGAAGGGGGCAGGGGUCAAAAGGUUGCCAGACAUUACAAGAUUUAUUUACUCACUAAAUGAAAAAGCUAUUAUGCAACAUUUGAAGGAUUGUACAGGUAAAACAGGCAGACCCAAUGCUAGACGUGUGGAACCUUGAUUGGUGAUUUUAGCGCUCCCCUUAAAAGACCGGAGCCGAGCGAGGACCACCCUUUGAUCUAAGAGCUACGUUAGUAUAAUCAAGAAAACUCUGGAUCUAGUAUUAAUAUUCAGUGUUAAUAAACGAAAAAGAGAAAAAAAAGGAAAAAUAAAAAACAAUUGUACGAUACACUUGCUUAUAUUUUCAUAUGAAAGGAAUACAAUGCAAAGCAUUUUUGUGGCUUUUUGUAGUUUCUAUAAGCCAGAAUGUGUUUUUUGAUAGCUUUGCUAAUAAGAGAUGGAUAGUUCACCCAGAUGGGGGAAAUGACAGGGCUCUGACGCCCUAAGCCAUGAAAAACAGACAGAUCCGAUGCUUUGCUGAACUGUUUUAUCUUUGUAGAGGUUUGUUUUUAAACGUGCAUUUCUAAUUAUAUAUAAUAAUGGUAAUAUUAAGAAUCUUUAAAAAAAAAAAAUCUGUGAAAUUAACAUGCUUGUGUAUAGCUUUCUAAUAUAUAAAUAUAUAUACUAAUGAUUUUUUUUGUUGGUUUUCUUAGUGGAGUUUUUAUGUGCAGUUGCACAUGUUGUCUGGUUUGUUUCAUUUUGAGCCCUGAACAGUGCUGUUCAGGGGUGUAUUUAGUCUAACCUUAAAAACCAGCUGGAAAGCAUUGCCAGGGUUUGUGUGACGGAGGGAAGACAGGCCUGAAUGCUGAAAAAAAAACGACAACCUGUUAGUGGAAAAUGUCAAGAGACUGGAACUGAGGAUGACACAGAAAUCAAUGUUGACACAUGAUGUACAUGAUUGUCAUACUGAUGAGAAAAUAUGACCGACCCUCAAUCCAUGUCUAGAUGCAUUUUUUAAUGCAUGGGAUAUUUCAUUCUUAAAAGCCUAAUUAUCUAAUUUAAUAUAGUUAAUCUCAUAAAACAUGUUUUUUUUUUACAUCAUCUGCCAUCUCUCAAAUCGUCACCACAAUCCUAGCUUGUGCUCGAGACGUCGCACAAGCCCCAGACACAAUCUGUAAAAAUUUUCUUUUGAAUCAUAUUUUUACGUAAUAGAAUUUUCCAAAAGCGCAUUGUGAGUAAUUAUUCCCCGAUCAUUUACAAAACUUAAUUUAAGCCCGUGUCAUCCUGUGACUCCUCAUGUUCCACUCUUCAAAACAGGACUCCACAUCAUUUACCACAUGUCACUGACAGCUCAGCGUCAGACAACACGAGGACAGAUUGAUCAUGCUGGUAUGAACGAAGCACAAUUGUUUAUUUGAAAUAAAUAGCUGUUUUGAUUUUUUCUCUUUUUUAAAACAAUGAAACUAGCCACAUAUCUCUCUGCCUCCCACUCCCGUAUCUGCUGUCACUUAAGUGUUAUGAUAUUUCUAUGUGCAUAUUUCAUGCAGGUUCACUAUGUUGUUACUGUAUACAGUCUGUGUAGUCAAACAGGGGCAGAGCCUCUAUAAUGGUGUUCUUCUCUUUUUUUAAAAUUCAAUACAAAAAAGGUUGAGAAAAAAAUAAAUAAAACAAAAUAAAACAUGAUGUUUCAGGCAGCAUAAGUGUGGAGAAACCAAAGCCAGUGGCAUUUCUGUGUUGUAAACUCAACUUUUAUUUUCACAUUCAUUUAUGGUUUUUGCAAGCAUUGAAACAAAACAAUAAAAGAAUUUGCUCAAAUGUA